UGUGUUUCAGAAACAUUUUGACAAUGAAGAGCACCGUUGCAGUUUUGGCUCUGCUUGUGUGUGUGACUUGGGCUGCACCUGUUCAAGAGGAUGAAACUCCUACAAAAACUGCUGUAGAGGUUUCUGAAAGUAAACAGCAGACAGACCAACUCACUGAUGGCUUACCAAAGGUGGCUUUCUCAGUUGGAUCAGGAUAUGAAGGAACUUAUGGACCCUUCAACACGGCAGUCACCUUGGUCUUCAAAAAAGUGAUAACAAAUGUUGGAAACUUGUACAGUCCACACACUGGUAUUUUCAAAGCACCAGUGAGAGGUGUCUAUCACUUCUCAGCUUCUGUCUUUGGAAACACCCAAACCUUAGUUGAAGUAUAUUUAAUGAAGAAUGGGCAGCGUGUUUUCGGAAUGUCAGAGUCUCCUAAAGGAUCCAACAUGUCUAUGAGCCGAGCCAUCAAUCUGUUACUGGAACAGGGCGAUGAGGUUUAUUUAAAUCUUAGAGCCCACACUCAGAUGUAUGACGAUGGCCAAACAUACAACACUUUCAGUGGCUUUCUCCUUUUCCCCAUGUAACUAUAUACAGAGAGAAUACAACACCAGUACCCACCCUUGUCGCAUAACUGAUAUCACAUUGUUUACCUUGAUUUUCCUGCAGGGUUCCUGUCAACUUGUAACUUUCGUAUUUUGCUUCACUGUGGUUUUGGGGCUGUAUUCUAAUGAGAAAAGAAUAUUGGUUAACACAAGAAUAAAAUACAUGAUUUCUG